UCCGUUAUCCAUCUUCGUUCCCUCGCUUCCCUAAUUUGCAACUCCGCCGCCGAACACCACCGUCCUCCGCCCACUCGCCGGAGCCCUAACUAACCCUUGAGCAUCCAUGGAUGCCGAAGUCGGAGGAGAAGUGGAGAAGAAGGCGAAGAAGCACAAGGGAAAGCAUGACAAGCCCAAGCCCUGGGAUGACGACCCCAACAUCGAUCAUUGGAAGGUGGAGAAGUUCGAUCCCUCGUGGAACGAUGGAGGGAUGCUUGAAGUCAGCUCCUUCUCCACCCUAUUCCCCCAGUACCAAGAGAAGUAUUUACAACAAGUAUGGCCCAAAGUGAAGACAGCAUUGAAAGAGUGUGGGAUUUCUUGCGAGCUCAAUCUGGUUGAGGGAUCGAUGACUGUUUCCACUACUAGGAAGACCAGGGACCCAUACAUCAUUGUCAAGGCGAGGGAUCUGAUCAAAUUAUUAUCACGAAGUGUUCCUGCACCUCAGGCGAUCAAGAUAUUGAAUGAUGAUAUGCAAUGCGAUAUUAUAAAGAUAGGCAGCCUCAUACGCAACAAGGACCGUUUUGUGAAACGGAGGCAACAUCUGUUAGGGCCCAACUUAUCAACUCUUAAGGCUAUUGAAAUUUUGACCGGAUGUUAUGUUCUAGUUCAGGGAAAUACUGUUGCUUCUAUGGGUUCAUUCAAGGGCCUAAAACAAGUUAGGAGGAUUGUGGAAGAUUGCAUUUUGAAUGUAAUGCAUCCAGUGCACAACAUCAAGAUUCUCUUGAUGAAGCGUGAGCUUUCUAAAAAUCCAGCACUAGCUAAUGCGAGCUGGGAUAGAUUCCUUCCUAAAUUCAAAAAGAAGAGCGUUAAGCAUAAGAAGGUAAAGACUAAGGAGAAGAAACCUUACACACCUUUCCCGCCACCUCAGCAACCCAGCAAGAUUGACCUCGAAUUAGAGAGUGGAGAGUAUUUCCUAAGUGACAAAAAGAAAUCAGCAAAGAAAUGGCAAGAAAAGCAGGAGAAGCAAUCAGAAAAGACUGCUGAAAAGAAGAGAAAAAGAGAGGCUGCCUUUGUCCCACCUAAGGAACACGUGGGUCGUGUAUCUGAUGUUACUAAAUCAGAUGACAACAAGAGUGAAAUGGCUGAAAUGGCUAUGUCCUUAAAGAAAAAAGCAAAGGAAUUUAAGAAGCAUGAAGCUCAUGAUAACAUCAAUGCUGAAUCAUUCAUCGCCGAUACGGCAGAACCACGGGAAAGCAAGAAGCGGAAGAAGUCUCACCAGAUUUGAUGCUUGUACACUUCAAAGUCAAGGAGCUAUCACUUGGUUUUGCUUUGCUUUGCUUUGCUUUGCUUUGCUUGAGGGGUAUGGAUUUUUACUGUUGGUUUGACAAACGUGUAACUUUUAAUACUGGUGUCCAACCAUUGUUGAGGGUCUUAGUAAGAUGUGAUGGGAUCUGAUCUUUGAUCUUCAAGUUGUUCGCUGGACGGAGAACCUCUCAAGUGGCUUGUUUUUGCCCCCCUGGUUUUAGCUUCUCCUACAUGUGAUCUAACUGUAAAACCAAAUCAAUUAUCAGAAACACGUCUCUAUUUUUAAUCAGUGUGAAUGGUGACAGAAACGUGAUCAAUUACCCACAAAAACACAAA